AUGACUUCCAGAUACGAUACCAAAAUUGGAGCGUUUGAUUGGGAUCUCAAUAUGCAGCUGCACCACAGGGGCGGAAGACAGCUCUGUAGUCAAGAGUAUCGACACUGGCGGACUACUGGAGUCGCAUUUACUUGGAUGGAGUGCGACUUUUCAAAACCAAAUCGUUCCUUUGUGACAGGUGUUUUUCCAAAUGGAAAAAGUUACCUCCAUUACGGGUAUCUUGGAGACAUACUCACUGGUCCUUUUGCGGCGUACGGGUUGGAGUGCGAAGAUAAGGAAUUUUUGAAAAGCUCCAAUGGUCAAAACGUGCAUAGAGCCACCGAUGUUACAGAGAGAAAUCUCAUGCAAAUAUUUCACGAAUUGGAAACACAAGAUAAAUAUAGUCAUCACAAAGUGAACGAUUACAUUUUAGGGCCAGCCGGCUUUCAAUUGCCACAAGAACGUGUAGUCGAUUCUUACGGGGGUGGUUUUGAAAAAUGCGUCGGAAAAUGCUUUGCACCGGACGACGUAACGAUUACCUUUGUAUCAUUAUCGAAGAUGGCGCUGAUGAAGAACAAAGACCAAUUAAAAAAUAGAUUUUCAAUCAUAUAUUUCGCAAGCGAAUACAUAAAACAUUUUGAUGUUGACCUUGUAAGGCACUUGGCAUCGACAGGUUGUCUUUUGUUUAUAGAAAACAAACUAUUCAAUCCAAGCGUCCGAAACGAAGAAUUGCAAAAGUUUAGUGAGGAAAUUCUGAACGUCGCAGAACCAAUUUCGUCAUUAACUGCUCCUUUUGAUUGUACCAAAGAUUUUUAUGCUAAGUUCUUAAUAAAGAGUAAUUCUUAG